CAGAAACAGUAGCUUUUCUUUUAAUGCUUGAUGCAUAUCGUGAAAAUCAAACUUAUCUAUUUGUGUUUAUUUUAUAAAAUAAUACAUCAGUGCUAUCCAUAUGUCGUUAUUCAUUGACUCCCUUGGUGAUGACGAUCUGCUGGCAAAUUUGGACCUCCCGCCUCCUGCGAAAAAGUUGUCUACAGCAGAACCGGAAUCUAGCAAUUCCAGUACAGUUAUUCAACAGCAACCAAAAAUCAACAAAGGUAAUUGCGUUCUCGUGAAUCCAAAACAGCGAGGCAAUCCGCUGCUUAAAUCCAUUCAAAACAUACCCUGGGAGUACGAUGAUAUCGUUCCGGAUUACGUGGUCGGGGCUACUACCUGUAUUUUGUACAUAUCGUUGCGUUAUCACAACCUGAACCCGGACUAUAUUCACGGACGUCUGAAACAGCUAGGGAAAAUGUACGAGCUUCGAGUGCUACUGGUACAAAUCGAUAUUCAAGAACCACACAACGCUUUGAAGCAUCUGACACGAAUAUGUUUGCUAGCGGAUUUGACACUAAUGCUGGCUUGGAACGCAGAGGAGGCGGGUAAGAUUGUCGAAACAUAUAAAAUGUUCGAAAACAAACCACCAGACCUGAUCAUGGAGCGAGCGGAGCAGUUUCCCUACCAGAAGUUGGUUAGUGCGCUAACGAAUAUCAAACCCGUAAACAAAACCGAUGCGAUGACGUUGAUACAGAACUACGGUACAUUGGCUAAUAUGAUAAAUAGCAGCGAGGAAAAAUUGUCGCUUUGUGCCGGAUUAGGCCCGCGGAAAGCUAAAAAACUGUAUAAAACGUUCAACGAGAACUUUUUGAAGUAGUAACUUUGGUUUAGCUAUUCGUUUUUGAAAUGCAUAUUUAGGUUAUUAAAAACUCAA